AUGGCGUCAGAGAUGAGCACGGACAUGAAGUUCUCCGAAGAAGAAGUCGUCUCACACCCACGCAUUCUCGAAGGUGGGGGUGGGGGAUUUGGGUCCAUGAACAUGGACGAGUUCAUGAGCAACAUAUGGAAUGUCGAGGAAUUCCAAGCGGCCAUCGGUGUUGGCUUGGUGGGAAUGGAGGAGGCUCCUUUGGUGGGUGCUAGUGGAAGCGGAGGUGGCAGGGAUGCAGGAUGA